UUCUCCAGCAUCUGCAGUUCCUGCUAUAUCUGAUUCACUAAUGUCCUUUAGGGAAGGAAAUGUCUGACCUACAUGUGACACCAGACCCACAACAGAGUGGUUGCUCAUAAUCCUCUAGCAACCAGGGAUGGGCAAUAAAUGCUGAUCUAACCAGUGAUACCCACAUCCUUGUGAACAUGUUUAAAACAAAAACACAAGAGGAAAUAUUAACAUUGCACGCAGGGAGAUUAGAAACAAGAGUGGAGUCUAAAAAGUUAAAACAAAAAUAGGAUCAGUCUCUGAAUUAUUUGUGAAAGCAGAUACAAAGACGAUGUGGUCAUCAUUAGAUAAAACUAGGAGUGUUGACAUUAGCAGUUGAACUGUUGAUCUCGAGAUACUUGGUUCUGUAAGUUAAUUGAAAUUCUUUUUGAACUGGCUCGCAGCACUGAGAGAGUCUUUCCCUUUUGUUUUGUUUGCAGUGCAGGGGUGUUUAAAAUAUCUUCUCAAAGCUAUGGUACUCACAACAGUCUAGUCCACACACUAGGGUGUCCUGGCAAUAAAGCACACAGAGUAGUGUUACAGCCAGUUAGUGACUCCUUUCUUUGUGUAUAUCCCUGGAGGGUAAAACAGACAUGUCUGCAAGAGAUCAUUUUCUUCUGACAGGGGAAUAGUCAUAUCCUUUGUUAUCGCUUCUUGUUAAGUCCUUCUUCGUUUUGAAGUUUCCCUGACUCUUAACGGGUAUAACAUUCCAUACUUUUCAUACUGGACUUUGCUUGACAGUCACUCGAUUUGCAUCUGCAGUUUUUCUUGACCUGUAACAGUUCUUUGUUUUAAAAAAAACACAAAUUUUGCAGUUAGAAGUAAAGCAUGUUGCUGAAUACUUUGGGGUUGUCGUAAUGCAGGAAUUUGCAAGAAAGAGUGCUUUAUUCUAUUAGAAUGGGCUGGGUUAAAGGCUAGAGUUAAAAGUUCAGGGUUUGACCAGGUCGUGCCUUUGAGUUGUCAUCACUUAUGGCUGCCAGCUUUUUGUUUUUGUGUUUGAAAUGUGUCUCUGAUUAGUUACAGUGUGGCAGUAAAACCAAGUUGCCAGAUUGGGUAUUCAACUGCAUGCGCAAAGACAGUAAUAUCGAAUUUUACCAGAAAUGCUCAGUUAUUCUUAAGUUUAAAUGAUAUAUGGUGGAUCCAGAAAAACCCUGCGAUCAAUGAAUUGCCUUACGGAGUUAAAGGGAGCGAACAACCCAUCAACAAGAUAUUGGCCAGAAUACAGUAUGAUAUGCCUGAAAGUAUAAGCAGAUUGAUUUGUAAGAGGUGUGUUAUCGUCGGCAAUGGGUACACCCUGAAGAACAGCUCACUUGGAGAAACCAUCAAUGAAUACGAUGUUGUUAUUCGAAUAAAUGAUGCUCCAGUGCGAGGCUACGAGAAGGAUGUUGGCAGCAAGACCACUCUGCGGUUCUUUUAUCCCGAGUCAGCAGCCAAGGAUCCGAAUAUCGAAAACAAUCCGAGCACACUGCUUGUGUUUUUACCCUUUAAGCAGGUGGAUGCCCAGUGGCUGAUGGAGAUUGUGUACGAUGAGAAAAGAGUUGAGUAUGGUCUAUUGUUAGAGCUGAUCGGGACUGUUGGUGUUGACAGUGUGGGAUUUCCACUGAGCUCAGUGAGGACCACAGGAAGCCCAUGCAAACUUAAACCAACGACAGAGGAUUUUUGCUCAAUGUCUUGUGUCAUUUGUAUGGUUUGUGAUUAAUUGCCCUUCUCAAAACAACAUAAAUGCACCAGAUAGAUUUUUAUUACCAGGUUACCUAACAACUUAAUCUGGAUUUUUAUUGGAUUCAGGCUUCACUAUCUGGCAUGGUGGCUUUUGAACACGUGUCCAGGGCCUAUGACAGAGUCUUAGUCCAGUGACUAUGCCACUCCAUCCCACAUGCUACAUUUCUUGGCUUUUAACACCCAAGAUUGGAAACUAUGAUUCUCAAAAAGCUGAAGAAGAAAAAUCCACUGACUCUUUAGACUAGGGCAUCAAUGGCUUUAUGGAACACCUAUCAUGUCUGCCUGAGACUGUUUGAACACAGCAGGCCAGGCAACAUCAGAGGGGCAGGAAAGCUGAC